AGUUGACUCAGUCAUUGUAUUGUUCAGAAAGAUUCUUUAGCUUCGACCUCUCUCGCUCCGAUCAUCUUCUUCGACUCUCUCGUCGCUUUCUCUUGCAAGGUUCUUACUUCAUAAUCGAUGGAGACUGAAACACCACUUAUAGCGGAGACCAUUGCCCUCACUGAAAAGAAAGUCGCCAUGGCUUUAGAUGAUAUUAUCAAGUUGGCAAAGAGAAAGACCAAUGUGAAUAAGGGCAAGAAACCAAGGAGAGGAAAGAACAAAAACCAAAACUUUAAUGGUGCUGCGAGAAAUAACACCUCUAAUGUGCGGCAUCAUAUGAACUCACUUUCUGCUGUUAGACAGGGUGCUGUUGGUAAGAGAAGGUCUAGGUUCCAAGGAAAUCAAUUUCCUGUAACAACAAACAUUGCUCGUAAAGCUGCUACUGCUGCUCCACUCGAUGUCCGCGGCAGAGCUUUUAUUGGUGGAAGGACGACGAGUGCCAAUCAGUCAAGGUGUAUUGCUCCACCAGUUCAAAAUAUAUCUGUACAGGCUAGAGUCAACGCAAAGAGGCAAGAAGUAGAUGAGAAAGUAGAGCACAGAGGAUGGAAGACAUUGGACUCUCGCUUUGCAAGUAUGAAAGAGCAGAGAAUGACGAUUAACAACUAUGGUGUUACAGUACAAGUUCCAAGGUUGCCACCAUGGGCUAGAGCCAGAAGAUUUUUCCACUGAGAAACCACAAAGCUUUUAUGGAUUUUUCCAAUUUAUAUUUUGGGUUUAGAAAGCACUAAGCAAUGCAAUUCUUUUGUGAACCUAUGACUUUAUUAUCUUUUUAAUGCUUCGAAGAAUGAAACAAAAAGUUUACA